CGACGCAUUAUCAUGGUGGGUGAUGAUCCUUGGUAUCAUGAGGGAGGUUGACUUCAAAAACAAUAAUAUGAGCUAAUAAGGUAUGUUUUCUGAAUUCCAUAUUUUGGAUGGAGGACUUGGAUCAGAGCUAUUAAGACACGCUGUCCCUGUGACAGGUGAUUCUCUAUGGAGUGCGAGAGCACUUGUGAACAAUUCCGAUGUUAUAAAACAAAUCCAUAAAAGCUUUCUCCUCAGUGGUGCAAAUAUUAUUCUGACAGCUUCAUAUCAGGCUAGCAUUGAUGGAUUUUGUCGUUACGCUCAAUGUACAAGGGAAAAAGCAACCAGUUUGAUAAAGAAGAGCGUGUUAAUAGCUAAGGAGUCUUGUGAAGAAUUUAUUCAAGAAACACAAAAGACAUUAUCACGUGAUCUGCUUGUCGGUGGAUCUGUGGGACCUUAUGGAGCCUGUCAAUUUGAUAAGUCUGAAUAUGAUGGCAAUUAUGUGGAUGAAAUGAGCGUAGAGGAAUUAAAACGUUGGCACAGACCAAGGAUAAAAAUCCUCGUUGAAGCAGGGGUGGAUUUCUUAGCGAUAGAAACUAUUCCUGCGUUGGCUGAAGCCGAAGCUAUUUUACAAGUGGUCAACGAAUUCCCUUCGAUCGCAUGUUGGUUGUCGUUUUCUUGUAAGGAUGAAACCCACCUCUGUCAUGGUGAAUCAUUUUGCGACGCAGUCACUUCAGUUGAAACGUACAAGCAGGUCGAAGCUGUUGGUAUAAACUGCAGCGCUCCUGAACAUGUCCAGGGAUUAUUAUCAAGUAUUGAUGGAAAGUCAACGAAACCGGUUGUAGUUUACCCAAAUAAUGGACAUGAAUGGUGGAAUAAGAGAUUUGACUGUAACCCUGAAUACAUAUCUUAUGUCUUGGAGUGGCUCAAAUUUCAUGAAGUAAAAAUUGUUGGAGGUUGCUGUGGGGUUACACCUGCUGAUAUAGAGGAUAUACGGAACGCUGUUGCGGAGAGAAUUGUAUAAAAAACGCAUGUAUUUGAUGCGUUAAUAAUGCAUUUACUAUAUCAACAGCGCAUAUAAGGCCCUGUGUGUCUCUGAGUGGAUAUAACAACUUUUUAACCAAUGUUUAUA